UAUUACAAACACACCCGAACAGCGCUCUUCUCAAAACUGUACUUAGAACUCCUAGUCCAACCUUUUUAAGAAAUCAUGCCGGCUAUUUUUUGACAUGAGAACAUUAGAACUUACUGUUGUGUCCGUAUGUGGUGGUUAAUGUGGUUUCAAAUGGGUUGAAGUGUGUGAAUUUCGCUGUGGGAGGGAAAUAACGGUGCGCGAGGUUAGCCGGUGUUAGCUUACCAUCAACAGGUAACGGCUUACGUCUAAGCUAACCGACUACAACCGUCAUGGACCGCGGGAGUUUUUCAAAGUACUCCUGGAUCGACUUUGCGUUCUCUGUGAUCGGAGUGUGUACUUUCUUGGUGGACUGGGGCUCGGACAUAUGGGUGGCCACUGAGUUUUACUGUCGCGGAGACUUCAUCUGGUUCGGGGUGCUGGUCGGCCUCAUGGUCCUGUCGUCCGUCGUGGUUCAGAUGUUCAGCUGGUUCUGGUUCAAGUACGACCGGGAGCUACCGGGGUUCAGCGCCGAGACCGGGGCAGGAACCGUGCUCUUCGGGGAUAAAGUGAAGCUGUCCUGCCUGUUGCAUGUGUUACAGCUGGGCUUCCUCUGCAGGCACAUCUCUGCCAUUUGGCAAGGCUUCAGGGUCUGGUGGCGGAAGGAGGAAGGGUCAGAGUAUGCUGUUUACUUGACACAUGACCUGAGCAUGCUCCGACUCAUCGAGACCUUCUGUGAGAGCGCUCCUCAGCUGACUCUGAUGACCUAUGUCAUGCUGCGCACCAACAAGGCCAGAACCGUUCAGUUUGUGAGUAUUGCCGCCUCUACCACUUCCAUUGCUUGGAUGGUGGUGGACUACCACCGCUCUCUGCGCUCCUUCCUCCCAGAUAAGGCCAAGCAGGGCUGGGGUUCGUCUUUGGUGUACUUCCUGUGGAACCUGCUGCUGAUAGCGCCACGUGUUGCAGCCCUCGCGCUCUUCGCCUCUGUGUUUUCUGUGUUUAUCGCUGGCCAUUUUAUAUUGCUAUGGUUCGUGUUUGUGUUUUGGGUCUGGAGACAGAAAACCGACUUCAUGGACAGCGUCGGUGGGGAGUGGCUCUACCGGGCCACCGUUGGGCUCAUCUGGUACUUCAGCUGGUUUAACGUAGCGGAGGGUCGAACUCGAGGCAGGAGCAUGAUCUACCACUCGUUCAUCACCACAGACAGUGGGAUUCUGCUGGCUACAUGGUGGUGCAACAGAGACCCUGUCCUGACAGAGCCCUACGCCCUGGCUCUGAUCAUUACUCUACCUCUGGCCUACCUCCUCGGCCUGCUCUUCAAAACCCUCUACUACUGCUGCUUCCACCCGAAGCUGUGGAGGCCCCCCGUGAGGGACCCAGGACUGCCUGACGAUCUGCCCGAUGCAGAAGUGUCCUUCAGAGACGUUUCCAUCCAGGACAGCAAAUUGUCCUCCCAGUUCCUCAACAAACGAAUGGCCUGCCAUGCUGCUCAUUUUUACUUUGAGCAUGGAGCGUUUAAAAACACAGAUAGCACAAAGAAAACAGAGUCAUCUCAUGUUUAAUAUCUGACUAUUUGUGUUAAUGGCCUUCUGAAUACUACUGUAGCUGUUACCUUUUGCGGUACUGAUGAAAUGCAAAAUGUCCUAACUGUGUACUAAUUUUGUAGAUGCCCCAUUUAGUUUAAACCAAAUUACAGACUAAAAUAUGUAUUCAGCUAGUGCUGGGCAGUUUUAUGUUCUGUCAGGAUUACAUAGACUGUAAAACAUUUACAUUUAAUGAUGUCUAUAAAGAAGGCUUUUAUCAACUGGUUCUGCAAAAACAUGUUAAGAAAAACAAACAAGUCAACAACUAGUGCAAAACAUAACUAUACAGUACUGUGCAAAAGCAGCUUUACCUUGUUUGUGCAGGAAUACAAUUAUUUUUUCAUUCUCUGUUCUUCAGAUACAGCAAGAAAAUACAGGAAAUAUAUGCACAGUUGGAAAAGGCACACAAAAAUACUGAAGUUAAUUGGUUCUAAAGGUUAAGAUUACUAUUUAUUGUGACCCCUGACCUCAUGAUAAGAAGCACAAAGGGUUCUAAACAUCUGACAGAUGUUGAAUGAAACCAGCUAUAAAACAUCAGAAAAUGAAUGCAAUAAAUCUUAGGUACAAAAGGAAGUCACACAAAAUAAAACUAAAAUAAUAAUAAUAAUGAGCUAAAUUUGGUUUGAAGAAGCUGUUAUUUACCUAAAACUUUAGCUUUUGCUGCUGUACAUAUUUCACAUAUAUCCUGAUUGUAUCUUAGUGCAGAGACUGAGAAAUGCAUACGAUGGUCUUUUGCACAGUUGAGUAUAGUAAAAUUAAAACUGCUAUGGGAAAUGAAAACCAGUAUACCGCCCAGAUUAAUCACAUUAAACAAAGACUGGUCAAUAUUAAUAAGUAUUGUUCAUGUUUCUAUACAUGUUCUAUAUAUAUAUCAGUACUUAUAUUAAUAACAUCAGACACCUAGGAAUAUAAAGGCUGUAAACUGUUCUCAACAUUACUUGAAAAUAAUCAGAUUUUUUAUAAGCUGAUUUCUAAAGAAGGAAGUGAAGUGCUAAUUAUAUUUUAUACAUUUUCUAUAAAGAAAAAGUAAAGUUACUGCCAGUUCAUAGCCGCAUUAAAAGGAAAAUGUGUGAAAAAUGAAGAUGUUGUUUUUAUCUGACAUCCAAUGAUUUUCUACGUCAUGUGCCCUUUUCCAGCUGAAGUUUUUUUCACAGACUCUGAAUGUAGACUUGAUUCUGUCAUAGUUGAUAUUUUAUUUACAUUUACACUUUACAUGUGUUUUGUGUCAAAAUGGUUCGAGUAAUGCUAGUUCUUUUUUUUUUUUUCAUAAUUUAACAAUAUGUGGCUAAGAAGUGGAGAGGGUAUUUCUGUGUCAGAUAGAUGCAUUAUUUUUGUUUAUUCAUUCAGUGUUUAUGUCCAAUGUCUCUGUUUUACUUUAGUAAUAGACUUGAAGGUUUAGGAUCUCAGAGUGACAAGUAAAAAUGUGCCACUACUCGCUCACAGUCAGCGUUGUUAUUAUCAGGAAUGUGUUUUAAUGUAAAUAUUUUAGAUGUCUAAGAUGGCGUCUCUCAGUUUAUUGUUGAUUUCUGUGAAUGUUCAUACAAAGUGUUAUAGAUCCACAUACUGCUAAAACCAAAAGUUAAGCUCGCAACUGGUAUUUUUUUUUGAUCUCCUUGUACCUCAUUUGCUCAUUUUGGGCAGUUAUUAAAGCCUUGGCUGUGGUUUCCUUAA